AGAGGCACAAUGAAUAUGGAUUUCGGGUCCGUUUCUCUCUGAACCAUUUCGGGAAAAUACCACUAAGAACCUGCCGGAUAGAUUCAACGUACAAUCUCUGGUGCCCCGGAUAAGAAUCCAAAUCUCAGCCGUUCGUUUUCGUUUUCAAGUUUCCGUGGAUGGGCCAGUCAACUUCGACGGCCGCAUUCUCGAGCCGUCGUGAAUUCAGCAACAGCUUCAGAGCCAAGCCCAAACCAACGCCUUUCUUCUCUCCAAUGCUUACCGAUGAAUCAAGCGAUUUCGAUGUUUCCGAUACAGCACCCGAUUAUAUCUCCGAGCUCCCCGACGAGUGUUUGGCCUACAUUUUCCAGUCACUUACCUCCGGCGACCGGAAAAACUGCUCUCUGGUGUGUAAGCGAUGGUUGACGAUCGAAGGGCAAAGCCGUCAUCGUCUUUCUCUCAACGCUCAAGCAGAUCUCCUCCCUCAAAUUCCUUAUCUAUUCUCUCGAUUCGAUGCUGUCACAAAGCUAACUCUGAAGUGUGAGCGCAGAUCCGUCAGCAUCGGAGACGACGCGCUGAUUCUCAUAUCUUGCAAAUGCCGGAAUCUCAUGCGCCUCAAGCUACGCGCCUGCCGCGAACUCACAGAUACCGGAAUCGAAGCCUUUGCGAAAAACUGCAAGAGUUUGAAGAAACUCUCAUGUGGAUCUUGCACCUUCGGAGCGAAGGGCAUGAACGCAAUUCUUGAUAACUGCGCGUCCCUGGAAGAAUUAUCCGUGAAGAGGCUCCGUGGUAUCACGAAUGGAGCCGCGGCCAAGCCGAUUGGGCCUGGCGUAGUUGCAUCUUCUCUCAAAACAAUUUGUUUAAAGGAGCUUUACAAUGGACAGUGUUUUGGGCCUCUUAUAAUUGGGGCAAAGAAUCUCAGGACUUUGAAGCUUUUUCGAUGCUCCGGUGAUUGGGACAAGCUUCUUGAAGUUAUUGCGGAUAGAACCUCCGGUUUAGUUGAGAUCCAUCUCGAGAGGCUCCAGGUUAGCGAUGUUGGCCUUGCUGCCAUCUCUAAUUUUUCGAACCUGGAGAUCUUGCACCUUGUCAAAACCCCAGAGUGCACCAAUUUAGGACUCAUAUCGAUCGCUGAGCAUUGCAAACUACUAAGGAAGCUUCACAUUGAUGGAUGGAAGGCGAACAGGAUAGGUGAUGAGGGUUUAAUUGCUGUUGCUAAGUUUUGCCCUAAUUUGCAAGAAUUGGUUCUUAUUGCAGUCAAUCCUACGAAACUGAGCUUGGAAAUGCUGUCAUCCAAUUGCCAGAAUCUAGAGCGAUUAGCCUUAUGUGGAAGUAAUACUGUUGGUGAUGCAGAGAUUUCGUGCAUUGCUGCAAAAUGUAUUGCAUUGAAAAAGCUUUGCAUCAAGAGUUGCCCUGUUUCGGAUGAAGGAAUGGAAGCACUUGCUAGUGGAUGCCCAAAUUUGGUGAAAGUAAAGGUCAAGAAGUGUAGAGCAGUGACUUGUGAUGGUGCAGAUUGGUUGAGAGCAAGUAGAGGGUCGCUUGCUGUUAAUUUGGACAAUGGUGAACCUGAACCUCAGGAUGCAAGUGCUAGUGAUGGCGGGGCACAGGAAAAUGUUGUUGAGUUUCCUUCCAUAGUUGUGGCUGCGCCUAAUAUUGCAUCCAGUAGCACUGGAAGAUCGGCCUCAUUUAAGUCAAGGUUGGCUUGCACUUUCAGGAGGUUGUCAGUUGGUAACAGCAGUUCUAGAAACAUUUCCUAAAGGAAUCUAGAACAAAAGUUACGAAACAGAGCAAAGUGAACUUUUGAUCUGCUCUUAGUUUGCAUCUUAUUAGCUGAUUCUGUCUUUAUUUUGUACUUAAUUUUGUGUUGUGUGCUGUUUAUUGCAUUGUGAAUUGAAUUCUUCGUAUGAAAAGUGGUUAUAUUCCAGGGUCUUGUGUUUCUAGUAACUUG